AACCCAAUAGAGAUAUAUCGAAGCAUCAAUGGCAGGAGUUGGCAACAAGGCAAAUAAUGUUGAUUUCGAAGACUUGUUACCGGAGAUGGCGGACAAGCUCGGCGGCGAGGGGCUGAUAAGGGAGCUAUGCAAUGGCUUCCAGCUGCUGAUGGACAAGGAGAGAGGUGUCAUUACGCUAGAGAGCUUGAGGAGGAACUCUGCUGUUUUGGGCCUUCAGGAUUUGAGAGAGGAUGAGCUUGUGAGUAUGUUGAAGGAAGGUGACUUGGAUGGAGAUGGGGCUCUGAAUCAGAUGGAGUUCUGCGUUUUGAUGUUCAGAUUGAGUCCUGAGUUGAUGGAGGAGAGUUGGAUUUGGCUUGAGCAGGGCUUGCAGGAGGAGCUAAAUAGUAAUACCAAGAGACCUUGAUGAUCUUGAUUGAUAUGUAUGUAGAACACUCGGGAAGAAUUUUGUACUUUUUCUUGGUUUUGUUGCAUUUCUAUUCUUUUACAUCUUCAUUGUUGUUCGUUCUGAAAAGCAAUGAAAUUGAAUACAGAGGAAUUAGUAGAUAACGAUUAUUGCAAAUUUACAAACACUUCUUGAUUCAUGGCAGUUACGUG